AUGGAUGCGAAAUGACGCAGAGAUGAAAUAGAAAUGAAAGGUACACUUGCUGAUGUCAAAACCCCAGAUUUCCAAAGUAGACCCAACCAAAUUCUUCAAAACAUUGUCAAAGAGAAAAACGAAACCAGUGAUGACUUACAAAAAGCUUUUCUCUACGUCUCCAGCCAUCUACCACGCACAAUUGAAAUGCCUUUCCAAGGCAACUGCUUCCAAGCCAGUAAAAACUCCAAGUUUUUUGUUUUAGGGAGCAACAAAGGGAGAUUGGCAGUCACUGAUUCCAGAGAGAUAGUCAAAGAUAUUAACAUCGAAGUUGGAAUAAAAUCCCUUGUUCUUUAUCAUGACGAUACCUUUGUGUUUGUCGGGCUUGUUGAUAACAGCAUCAAAAAAUACCAGCUUUCAACGUUCGAGUUGGUAGAUGUUUACAUUUACAUUAAAAUGGUGUAGUGAGUCAAUACAUCCUCCUAGCACCUAUAGCCGGGGGUCUUGAAUUAUGGAAGGGAGAAUGGUAUCCUAAGACAUUUAUAAGCUGGUUUUGUUAAUCUGGUAGAGGAGCAGUGCUCGGGUGACCAGCCACAACUCACAUCAAGAUUGGUCUUUUUCAUCAUAGGAGCUGGAAUUUGGAUUUGAAAAGGAAUUACUAGAACUGUCUAUGACACUUCAUUCGGUUAAUGGACAACUCCCUAGGUGUUGCAUCCUAGGCUUUGAGUUUCCAUCUGGCUCAAAAGUUCGAUUUUCGAAUUUACUGGAAGGCAACCUGUGUUGGUGCCCACUUUUGGGAGCAGCUGUAUGCCCUUGUCAUGAUGGCAACUAAGCAGUUAGGUGUUAUGGAGAUAUAAUAUUUUUCCCAUGAAUAGAGCUAUUUGGCCAUGAAUUGGCCACGGAGUUGCUUUUUUGGUCUGACCAAGUAAUCUUGGUAAGACCAAAUUGAAUAAAAUCUUUAAUUUGGUCUGACCAAGAUUACUUGGUCGAACCAAAAAAGCAACCCUGUGGCAUUCAUGACCAAAUGGUGCUUUUCAUAGGAAAAAAUUAUAGUUUGUUUACUCCGGAAUUGCAAGCACUUCCUAAUAAGCAAUUAAUGCUAAUGGUAGAUACAUACAUUGGGCACCAAGAAAAAGUAACGAAACUCCUUUUAUCUAGAAAUGACUUAUUUCUUUUUUCAGCAAGCGCUGAUGGGACAAUCAGAGAAUGGCCAACAAACUCGCCAAAAGAAGCAGUUUCUCGCACUAUAUAUAAACAUGACAAUGAAAUUAUUGACUUUGAUUUAAGCUACGAUGGCGGGCAUUUUGCAAGCUCCUCAAAAAAUGAUGGAGUCCUAAAAGUGUUUUCAGCAGCUCAAAAUAAAGAUGUUGCAGUGAUCUCAAACGAGUACGGAGCAACAUUUUCUUGUGUCAAAUUUUCACCAAAAAAGACCUAUAGCGCUUUCCCGAGGAUGGCGCGGAAUGGCGCCAUCCUCGGGAAAGCCAGGAAGGCAUCCACACGGGAACUGGGAGUUCCACGUGUGGAUGCCAUUUUGACAUGUGGAAGUUGGAUCCCACAUGUCAAAAAUGGCAUCCACACAUGGAACUCCCAGUUCCCGUAUGGAUGCUUAGUUGACUUUCCCGAGGAUGGCGCCAUUCCGCGCCAUCCUCGGGAAAGCGCUAUACCUCGCUGCUGGAGAUAUGUACUGCAGAAUUACCAUUUGGAAUUUCACAAACUUAUCAGAGCCAUUGAAGUCUCUUGUAGGAAGUGAAGAUAAAAUAAGAGACUUGGCAUUUACAUAUGAUGAAAGUACACUUGUUUCUGCAAGCAAAGACACUAACAUAAGAUUGUGGAGUCUUAAUACCGCGCAUGACGAAAUUGUUUUGACUCAGCAUUCUGAAUCUGUAAAAGGAGUAAUCGUUGGAGAAGGAGAUCAACAUAUAUUUUCACUUGGAAAAGACUAUAAACUGAGAAUAUGGAAAAUUCCUAGGUUCAAGCGUCAUAGAAAACUACUAGAUCAUACCGACACAAUAUGAAGGCUAAAGUUUUCAAAAAACGGCAACCGCCUUUAUAGCAACUCUGGCGACCAAAGAAUCAUUGUGUGGGAGCAUUCCACUGGCGAAAAAAUCCAAGAAUUGUUCCACUACGCCGGAAUGUUUGCAAUGGCGUUAACCAAAGAUGAAAGUCAUCUUAUUUCUUGCACAGAUGACGGAAAAAUCAUUUUUUGGAAUCUGGAAACAUGAAAAAGAGACAAAGAGAUCUCAAGCGAAGAAGGCACAAUCAGAUCCUUAAUUGUGUCUAGCGCUUAUUUUAUUACAGGGGAUGAUGCUUUUCGUGUAGUUGUUUGGGACUUGAAAUCAUACAAUAUUGUCCAUAUUUUUAGAAGCCAUAGAUCAGCUGUUUGGUCUUUAACUGAUUAUGAGCCUGACAACAAACUUUAUUCAGGAGAUGAAAAAGGCUCGAUUAUGAUUCAUGAUAUGACCUUCAAUAAAACUGAUCAUGAAGAGCUUGAAGGCCACGGCACAAAAGUCCAACGCUUGAAAAUUAGCAGAAAUGGAGAAAUCUUGAUUUCAGGAUCAAGAGAUGGGGUUAUAAAGAUUUGGAGUGUCAAGAUGAACAGUCUCCUCAGAACCAUUGAAUACCAUACCGAUGUAUUAACUCCCUCAUCUUUAAAUUGAAAAAAUAUGGACAUUUCGCCUAUAUUGCCCGAUAUGGGCCGAAACCUCUCCUGUUGGUUUGGCCAACCUAAGUUAGUCAAACCGACUUGAGAGGAGUGCUCUCAAGCUUCGGCCCAUAUCGGGCAGUAUAGGCGAAAUGCCUAUAUUAGCUUAUAGCAAUUGGGGGCUUUUAGCCUCAAGUAAGCUGAUCUACUGGUCACAGCUAGUUUUUAUUUUCCAGCCUAAAUAAGUGACUGUUUGUGACCAGUAGACCAGUUUACUGGUGUGAAAACAGGCUGCAUUUUUUUAUAAAACCAAUUUAUAUCAAUAUAAUAAUUUAUAAAAAUUUAUUGAUUUAAAGUAAUAAUUUGUUUAAAUAGUAAUUUUCUUGCACUCUUCUAUUAAAAAUGGAAGAUCAUACUUAAUUUUGAAUUUUGGAGACAUUAAAUUGGUAAUCAAAGCUAUUUAUAUAUAAAUUAUGUUUUUAUUUAUAAAUAAAGGGAAGAGUAAGGGAAAUUUAUUGCACAAAGGACCAAAAGUACUUUUUUGUCUGCUCUGAAGAUAAGCAGAUGUCAAUUUUUGAUAUGAGAGAGUUCAGUUUAAUUACAUCGAUAUCCUUCAAGAAAAAGCUGAUGACCAUGGCUUUUACAGAAGACGAGCUUACUAUAGCACUUGCAGAAGAAUCUACAAUUACCUUGAUUGAGAAUCCAGUCUAUAUAGAUAGAAUUGGGUCUUCUGAUGUGAGAGUUUACGGCCCUGGCAGUGAUUAUAUGAACUUUUUAAGCUACUGCUCUCAGAUUAUGCUCAAUCAAAGUCCUGAUUAUGAUCCCCAAAUGGAUGCCUGAAUUAUUCAGCCAUUUAGACUAAAUGCUCUGCAUCUAUACGCAUAUUUCAACCUUCCAAAACAUUUAAAGCUCGGAAUUAAAAAUUUGGCACCAUUUAUUUCAACAAGGUAUGGGGAAACCGCACUUUCUCUAGCUCCUAUCAUUUAAAAACGAGCAAAACCUAUAGAAUUUUAUUAAAAUAUUGGUUCAUAAAUAAAAAAUCUUAUUUUAAAUUUAUUUUAGAAAAUAAAUUAAUUAUAUUCAAAAUAUUUAUACUCAAAAUGAAAAUCUGUAAUAUGAGUUCCAGGCAAUUUUUUUAAAAAAAUCUAUUAUCAUUAUUAGCGAAGGAUUAAGUCUUAAGAAAAAUUUUGGGAACUGUAUUCAGGCUAUUUUCAAAGUGUUUGAUAAACGCGCUGAAAAAAAUAUCCACAUUUUCAACUCUUUAGAAAAUUCAGUGAUUGACUUAAACAGAAAAGGAUUUCCAGUCUUAGAUCGAUUUUAUAAAACUAUAGUUAUAAGGUGAAAUGAUCAAGCAAUGCCCAAAUUUUGCAAGCCCAGCAAAAGUUUACCAAAAAUAAUUCAGUCUGAUUUCAUUAUCCCUAAAUGUGAGAAUUUUAUGAACCUUGCCCAAUACACAAAGGACGGAAAAGCAAUUAUGUUCUUGAUUGCUUUGGUCAGAAUAAACCUUACUAUGGGUUCAAAAGAAAGCUUAGAGUUUUUGGACAGUUUAGAAGAAUGCCCUGAAACAUCUAUUUUCAACACCUAUUUUAUCCAAACAAUUCUAAAGGAAAAAUGGAAAAGAAUUUGCUGAUUUUUAUACAUUCAAACAGCAAUCUAUAUAGGAUACUUAAUUUCAUUUGCCUGCUAUACUAGCAUGCACGACAAUGAAGGCAAAUAUUUGGUUCCUCCUUUUGUGUUCAACCAAAUUUUGACUGUCUACGAGAUCUUCCAAAUCUGGGUUGGAGGGAUUUAUUAUUGGAAAACAUGGACUAACUAUCUUGAUAUAGCAAGAAUCUUUUUAUUCGAUGCUUAUUCGCUUACCGUUUGGACAACCACAAUAGACGAUAUCGAAUACUUCGAAGCUGCCGUUAUUGCCCUAACAUGGUUCCGUGGGAUUACUUAUUUCAGGGUUUUCGAGCCUACUCGUUACUUGAUUAAUUUGCUUUACGAAGUUAUGUGGGAUAUGAUUCCAUUCUUAGUAACGCUGUUCUACUCUACUACAGCGUUUGCAGUCAUUUAUAGCGCAAUGGUUACUGAUACUCAAGACCUGACAUUUUUCUCAUGCAUCACGACUGCCUGGAGGAUGAAUAUUGGAGACUUUUCGACUGACACUUAUGAUUCUUAUCUAACUUGGGGCUUCCAUUGGUUCUUCACAGUCUUGAAUCCUAUAAUUUUGAUAAACUUGUUGAUUUCGCUUAUGGGAACAACGUUUGGGAGGGUGCAGGAAAAUAGAGAUAUUGCUGACAGUUUGGAGCUGGUCAAUAUGAUUAUUGAAGGAGAAACUUUAUUAUUCUGGAGGAGAAAUCUGGGACAAAAAACGUAUUUGCAGGUUUGCAUGGAAGAAAACAGCCAGGAGGAUCAAAAUCUAGAAGAGGAUGUCAGGAAAUUAAAGAAAAUCAAGUACAAGCUUGAUGAUAUGGCCAAAGAAGCUGAGAAGAAUGACGAAGAAAAUAUAGCAAUGAUUGAUAGGAUCAGCUCUGCGGUAAAUGAUCUCAAAUAUAAAAUCAACUAUGGAAGCGAAGUAUAG